AUGCCUGGUCUUCGUGUCCUCGCAGGCCCUUCCCUAGAGGCUCUGGAGCCUAUUUCGCCCUUGGUGAACACGAAUCAAACGUUCAAGAUUUCCUCAGACAUCUUCGACGGCGAGAUUCUUGUGAACAUCAAAGGUUUUACGAAUUCGCACACAGGCGACGUUCGGGAAAGCGAGUACUUCUCCCGCAAGGAUCGUCAAGGUAUUACUUGGAGUGUACAGGUUCAGGGCAGGUUCUUGAAACCAUACUCUGCCAAUGACAUUUUGUUUGGGAACACCUUUGAUAGGCCACUCAACCUCCCUUGGGGAUCUGGUGCUGCAUUGAAAUUUAUGGCAUACGUCGACCCUGUCCUUGAACACGACCUUACUUCCCAAUCGAAACCAUGGGCAUUGUCACCGCUCAUUUCUACGAUGCCCCAUUUUGCUCACUCGCGGUUGGACCGUGACCUGCAGGACAUAGACUCAGGCAUCCCGCCAUUCCCUACCGAAUAUACUUCUAUUUCAGACGAUACCUCAAAUCUUUAUCUUGCCUCAGUCUCAAGCUCUCCUUGCUCUUCUACAUCGUCUUUAUCUUCCUCUUCUUCUUCCGCAUCUUCCAAAUCCAGUUCUAAAUCAAAGAUAGCAAUACGACGCAAGCAACGAGCGAAUCAGAAUUUGGCUACCCUCCAGACAGCUUCACAGCGCCAAGCAUUCUUCUCCUCAGAGGAGAACAGACGCAUGAUUGUAUUUUCCGACCAGGACGUGAUUACAGCAGAUUUUUGCUAUGGAUUCCUCGAAUUCAAUCCGUCACUCGCACUGCGGCUUCCCGGUGGUAUUUCCUUCGAUCUGAUGCGAUACUGGGACGGACAGCCUGUUAGGUUUGUAUGCUGUGAACGUAACCCAGAUCGAGACGCCGAAGGAGAUCCCUGGGGAAGAAUUUUUUGGUGUAUUGUGAUUGAACAGGCUGAUUGA